AUGCCUGCCGACACUAUAACAGCUGGACCACCAAAACCAUCAUGUGACAUGGUGACAGUGAGAACACAUUCUCAAAUUGAAGUUGAUGAAACUGACUAUGCACUGAGUGAACCUGACGAGGAAUGCGUUGUGCGCGAGUAUGUGGACAGUGGUAGAGUGCCUACAGACGCUGAAGAUGAACUCUCCGCACCUGAAACAGAUGACGACGCAGCUUGCGAGACUGUGGAGGCAGCGAAGAAGAAAGCGGCCGCCCCCGCGGUGCGGAAGCUGAUAGCCAAGGUGGCGGCCACCGCAGCCGCCAAGGGCGCCCGCAAGGCCAAGCCGCCCCCGCCGCCCCCGGCCAAGAGGCAGGACCGCCAGAGGACGGCCGCCGCCCCCAGCAAGCAGCAGCAGUCCAAGAGCCCCACCAGGAAGAAGGCGCCAAAGAAGCAGGCCCCCGGGGUGAAGAAGGCAGCAAAGGCAGCGAAGGUGGUGUCGGCGGUGGCGCGCGCCAAGCCGGCGGCGGCCGCGAAGCGCCCGGCGACGCCCGCGCCGCCGCUGCGCAGCAAGAAGCACCUGCUGCGCGCCGGCGCCGGCGCCGCCUCCGCGGCCACCCCGCGCCAGAGGGCGGUCGCCGCCGCCGCAGCCGCCGCCAAGAGGCGCGGCCCGCCGGCCAAGCGGGGCCCGGCCGGCGCCGCUGCCGCCGCCCCCGUCAGGAAGCCGCAGCAGCAGCAGCAGCAGGCUGCCAAGGCGACCGCCAAGCCGGGCGGACCCAAGAAGAAGAAGCAGGCGGCCGCUUCCAAGGAGGAGCCGCGGCCGGACGCUGCGGACCAGCACGCCCCCGAGGCGCCUCCGGCCCCAGAGGCCAAGCCUGCAGGGCCGGAAGUGCCCGCCCCCGCCACCGCCCCCGCCACCGCCGUACCGGAACCGCCGCCGCGUUCUCCGGCUUCUCCCGCGUCGACAAAAUCGCCAUCCAGUCCGCACCAGGCUGUUCUGGAGGGCUGCCCCGUUCCCUCUGACGGAGCGGCUUCUCCCAAAUCGCCUCCCCUCUUUUUACCCCCGCCGGCCAGCCCCGGUGACAGUUCGAAGGCUAAAGGAAAGGACAGCUCGGAAGCGAGAACCACUCAGACUGUGCCUUCAGGGAAAUCGGCUCCAAAAAACGCCGCCUCCGCUAAAGAUAGCGCCUCGAGAGUCGAAAAAGUCUCUUCCCUGUCCAAGACUUUGGCAGCGGACAAGGCUGCCCCACCGAAGUCGCCGGCUCCGGAGCGGUCUGCCCCGCAGAAGGGCUCCGGUGACAAACUGAGUUCUUCCUCCAAAGUCGCAGAGAAGAUUAGCAGCCAGUUGCGGAGCUCGACGCAAGACAAGACGAAAGUACCGCCCGCGGAGAAGUCGGGGAAGAGCUCCCCUUCGGAUAAGCCGGGGACCAAAUCCCCCACUGCGGACAGAACAGUGUCGCCUCGAGUGUCCCCCACGACAGGUGUCGCGUCCCCGAGAUCGCCAGCCGCUUCUUCCAAUAGUCCACCUUCGCCGGCUAGCGACGCCGGCAGUAAGAAUGCGAAAGAGCCGCCUCGUGAGGAUCCCGCGAGGCGGUCCGCAGCUGCGGAGACGGGUGCGGCUCCGGCCUCGCCGUCCGGUGCCACCUCCGGCGAUAAGUCGAAAGAGCAGCAGUGGGCAGACACCGUCCACCUUCCAGAGUCACCGAACAGGACCAAGAAGUCCGGCGAGAGUGACGGGAACGCGCCCAAGACUACGGCUACCGUGGCGACCAACACCUCACCGACGACCUCGAGGAAGUCCACUAAGGAGUCCGCGGAGACUGGCGGCGGCAAGAACAGCGGCGGGUCCUCGCCCAGGACGGUGGCGUCGACCAACACGGCGACUGGAAAGAGGUCGCCCACAGAGGAGCCGACUGCCGCCACUGCCAAGUCGACAGCCAAUGCCGCCACUAACACGGUGCCAAAGAAGAAGUCCCUCUCGUCGGCGACGAGUGUGGCGGUGCUGGCGAAGAAGGUGAAGGGCCGCGCGGACGUGGGCACGCUGGCGCGGCCCCAGCUGCCCGACACGGCGCCCUGCAUCCAGGAGCUGCUGCUCAUGGCCACGCAGGCCAUCAGCGCCUACACCGAAGGCGACGACGAGGACGACGACGCUGCCGCCAGGCGCGGCUCCAAAUCGUCGUCCAGUGAAGCCGGCGGCAGGGCGAAGAGGUCGGACAGCAGCGCCAGUGACGGGGAGAGGAAGAAGCAGAAGAAGAAGACCAGGAGGAAGAAGAUGCUGCUGCUCGCAUCGGACUCGAAGAACUCCGCCGGCGGAGUGGGCGCUAGUGCUGCCGCCGGCGCAGAGUCGCGUUCGCAGUCGUCGUCCCCCACCGGCAGCUCCUUCGGGAGUCCCGGCGGCAGCUACAAGCCCGCCUCCAAGAAGAGCGAGCUCAAGGACAAGAUCAUCGCCAAGAUGGUGGCCGAGAAGGCAGCGUCGCUGCUGGGCGCGGCGUUCGCCAGCAGCAUCAAGAAGGGCCGGCAGGAGGAGAGCGACGGCGCGCCGGAGCAGGCCGAGCGGCUGGAGUACUCCGUGGCUGCCUACCCCGUGAUGGAGGAGGCGGCGGCGGCGGGCCCCAAGUCGUCCUCACCUGCCCACACCGUGGACGCCAGCCCAGCAUCACAGGCAACCGACCCUCAGCCUCCUGCAGAACCUGAGGACCGCAAGCCCACAGCUGCCGAGCUGGCCGCGGCCACGCCCUCGCCCGCGGACUCCGCGGUGGAGGUGUCUGCGGCGGCCCCCGGCGACCAGAAGGGCGGCGAGGCGGCCGGCAGCCAGCCGGAGGAAGACUCCUCCACGUCGGACGAGAUCACGCUGGACCUGCUGCUGCUGCGCCAGCAGGAGUUCCGCCGCAACCAGCAGCAGCAGGAGGAGGCCGCCGACUCGGGCAGCACGACGCCCGCGCCCGCCACGCCCGCCGCCCCCGCGGCCGCCCCCGCCGCCGCCCCCGCCACGCCGGCCGCCGUCAAGACGGAGGCGGUCGCCACGUCCGACGAGGAGAGCCUCAAGACGCUCAAGACGCGCAUCCGCGAGAAGCUGGCCGCCGUCAGCGCCGCCGCCGCCGCCUCGUCGCCGUCUUCCGCCAACGACGAGUCCUCGGCGGCGUCCUCGCCUCUGGCUCUCCACGGCAGGAAGUCCGUCAAGAAGCAGCUGGCUGCGGUGAAGAAGGAAGACCCGGAUGGCGCAAAGGCGCUCCCCAAGAAGGAAGGUGUUUCUUCAGACGACGGCGGCGCCGACGCCGAGGACGAAUACGCCGACUUCGGCGAUGACGACGACGACGUGGACGACGUCGCCACCGGCAGCUCCUCCAGCGGCGGCCGCGUCAAGCAGGUGAAGAAGAAGCGCCGCCUGCUGAAGAAGGCGAGCUCGACGGCGGCGUCGCGGCGCAAGCAGGCGCCGGCCGACAGCGGCAGCGACUCGGAGCAGCGCGCGCGCCGCAUCCGGCUGUUCGGCUUCUGGUCCGGGCCCAAGCGCCACCGCGUCGCCUCGCUCAACGCCCUCGCCAAGGGACUGUUGCAAGUCAGGACACUACAUGCACUACAUGAUAUUCAGCAGCUGUUUGUUUGUCCUAUUGUUGGUAGUUACGCUGACGCAUCUGCCACGUCGAAAGAGGGCCGCGACACGUGGGCGGCUUUGGGAACGACGCGUCCGGCCCUGAGUGACGGAGCCGUGUGUCCGCAGGUGCACUGCCUGUACGAGAACGAGAGCCGCAGCGCGCUGCUGGGGGUGUGCGCCCUGCCGUCCCCCGGCAGCGACGGCGCCCGCAGCGGAGGCGGCGGCGGCGGCGGAGGAGGCAAGUCGGCGCCCACGUCGGCGGCGUCUGCGGCGUCGCGGCGCUCUGCGGCGGCCGCCCCCAAGAAGGCGCCUCGCGCCGCGGCGCCCGUCCCGCCGUCCACGCGGACGCUGCGCUCGGUGCCCGGGCUGCGGCAGCCGGGCCGCCACUGGGACAUGCACAACGCCUCCUCCACCACCACCAGCACCUCCACCAGCUCCCCCAGUCCCAGCGGCGGAGAGUCCAGCUCGGGCGCCAACUCGUCGGCGGAGGAGAACGCGGCAGAGGCCCCCCGCGACGGCGGCUGCCCGCUGGCGGGCAAGAAGCGGGGGCUGCAGCGCCGCCCCCAGCAGCAGCCGCCGAAGAAGGUGGUGCGGCGCAAGCGGAACCGCGGCGAGCUGACAAUGGACCUGAAGGACAUGGUGGUGCGCAAGCGCAUGGCCUCGCUGAACGCGUCCGCCAUCCUGGCCGCCAGCUACUCCGUCGAGAAGCGGCCGCCGCGGCUGCCCGCGCCCGACGGCCGCAAGAAGCAGUACCGGAAGCCGGCCAAGCACAAGGUGCGUACUGCUCCACACCGACCAGUAACCGACACCGUCUGUCCUACUACUUUUAUAAAACAUAUCAAUUACGCCACCAUCAGUGUCACCUUAGGCCCCUAUGCAAACUGA